AUGGCUCCUCGGCCCGUCAUUGUCAUCACGGGCGCCAAUUCUGGUGUGGGCUACGGCACAGCCCAAAGGCUCCUGGUCCAGCUCUCGCAAGCCAUUCCUUCCGACACGUUGCCAAAUUGGACUCUCAAAUCUUCCUCAUGGGCUGGAAUCGCCUCGACUAGCAACGAUGAGCAGCUCAAUCCUCCUUCUCCUUUCGCUGCGCCGGAUGGAUGCGUGCUGAUCUUGGCGUGUAGGAACGCCAUCAAGGCGCACGCAGCGAGGAGGAAUCUUGAAGGUCUGCUCAGAGCCUUGGCGGAGCUGCCAGAUGACUCGCCCGCCCCGAGAGAAGCGCCAAAGGAGAAGAGAGGCAUCGACGAGGAUGCGGAUGCCGCCAUCGCUGCUCAAGCCGCUCAAGCUCAAGGAAGGCGCAAAAAACGAGCAACAGAUGCCAUUGCCAAGCAUGCGGCUGAUACUGCUGCGGCCGCUGCUGCCGAAAGUGGAGACGAGGCGGAUCAUUUGCGCGCAAGCGCUCCUACUUUGGACUCAUCCGACUCAUCGACGAGCUUGACUUCAGCUUACGACUCGCUUACCCAACCCGCCUCCACGUCGAAAGCUUCCUCGAGUAGCACCUACGCACCGAGGAGAGAUCCGACGAGAGACGUGCACGGAGCCUCCUUGAGUCUAUUGAGCAGGGAGGCCAGAGCGAGAGGAGAGUACAGACGAAGAUUCUGCCAGGGCACCUCGAUCGAGUUCGUCCCGCUAGAUCUGGGCAGCAUGGCAAGCGCGCUCAAUUGUGCCAGCGAAAUCCAGAGGAGGUGAGCAUCGCUGCGACGCUGAUGUUGUUCGCGCUUGCAGGAAGGACGCGCUGACUGCGCCACAUGCAACAGGCAUGGCUAUGUGACGCACGUCAUCCUCAAUGCUGGCAGCGCCGCUUGGACCGGUCUGAAUUGGCCCUUGGCGGUUUGGAUGAUCGUGACUAGGCUGCAUGUAGCUGUCACUUGGCCCAAGUACAAAAUGCAGAGGUCCGGUGAUCGAGGUGCAGACGGCUACGGCUGGGUUUGGCAAGCCAACGUCGGCGCGCAUUACAUUCUCGUGAGUGCUGCAGCAAGCGAAACUCCGGUGCGUGGUUGCGCGAAGAAAGGAUCCUCAUACCCGGACGCCCGCUUUAUCUGCUCACUCGUUUGAGGAGCACAGACUCGAGCUUUGCUGCCCGCCUUGAGAGCGACGCCAUUUGCUACACCAUCACGAAUCAUAUGGACCGGCUCGAUCGAAGCGUACGCGCGUUACUACGAUCCAGCAGACUGGCAGUGUCUAGAUGCUGCGCAUUCUCCCUGGCCCUACGAAUCCACCAAGUAUCAGUGCGAACUGGCUGGCAUCGGUCUUGGCGAAGCUUUGAAUCGGCAAAGGAUGAGCACCGUGCCUAGUACGCCUCUGAGCGACUCGCAAGACACGUCUUACGGUUCCGUCCUGGUCGGCGAAGCCAAGACGCAGAGGAGAGAGUUGGAGCCAAACAGCUUCGUGGUGCACCCUGGCGUAGUUGCGAGCAGCAUCUUUGCGGAAUACCUCAACGUGUUCAUGGCUGCGUGCAUGUCAUUCGCUUUCUACCUGGUGCGUCUCAUAGUCCAAGCUUGGCAAGGAUUGCUGGAAAUAGUGAAAACGUAUUGCUGAAAUCCUUGGCCUUGAUGGCGCUCCUUUUGGCAGGCUCGCUGGACCUUUUCACCUCAUCACCCCAUCGAAGGCUACAAGGGAGCCGUAGCGGCCUCGCACGUCGCCCUAGCUCCUUCACACCUGCUCGACCCUAGCGCGCGGUACGGCUCACGAGCGACGUUCUGGGGACAAGAGUAUGUGCAUGCUGGACGGGUCGAUGGGUGGGAUGUGGCCAAGCUCAGGAUGGGAGCGAAAGCAAGGCAAGAGGUGGAGCAGGCAGCUGCGGGCCAAGCGGUUCGACUGAAAGCGAGGGAAUUGAUACAAAAAUUGGAAGGUGUGGCAAGGGAUGUGUGGAGGCAGGCGAGGAAUGGAGAGAUUGCUCCGCUCAGCCUGUUGGCCCUGCACCCGGACGAAUUUGAGCCGCAAAGUGAUCUCGUUCCGCUGCCGUCUAGGGGUUUGAAUGUAAGAAGACGGAAAGGGGAACAAGGGGAUGAAAAGGAUAGGGAUUGGGAAAAAGUCGAAAGCGAGCUGUGA